ACUGCGCUCAGCUGGCUGCAGCAGAGGUUUCCCCUCUCGGUCGAACUCACGGCGGACGGGUCGGUCCGCGUCCGACAGCCGCUCUGCUCGGGCCUACACACACAGUUAGCGCUGCCUGAGAUGAAGCUAACUGCUGGAUCAAGUCUUGGAGGGAUUUAAAAAAAAAAAAACUUGAUGACCUUUGCAGUCUGAAAGAACUUCUAUCCGAAGGUCCUGGGAUUGUAUGCAGUUCAAACACUUAAGCAUGUGGCCCAUGGGUGCCACAAUCCAGCUACUUCAAAGGAUUUUUUCUCCCAUGGCAUUUUAACAAAGGAACAAAGUUUCAGUAAUAUCCAAAAAACCUUUGGAUCACAAGGCCUUUAUUUCAAGGAUAAUCAAAAAUGUGUGGGCCUGCACAGGGAUGUUUUCCUUAAAAGCCUUCUUGGCUGUCUGUGUCCCUUUUUUCCCGAACAAGUAACCUGACAAGAGAGACUCCCAUGAGCAACUCUGCAGGAGGCCCGAUAACGUCGACAUGAGUAGUACUUUAGGCAAAGAAAAAGAUUCGAAAGAAAAGGACCCCAAAGGUGGUCCUGCGGGGAAAGAAAGGGAAAAGGAGGCCAAGGCUCUAGCCGGCUUAGUCAAGGAUGGUGGCAAAGAAACGAAGACCAAAGGGAAAGAUGCCAAAGAAGGAAAGAAGGACACCAGCAGCUCAACACCGGGUGUUGCCUUCUCCGUUGACAAUACGAUAAAGCGGCCAAACCCUGCACCAGGUACGCGCAAGAAGUCCAGCAAUGCCGAGGUGAUCAAAGAGCUUAACAAGUGCCGGGAGGAGAACUCAAUGAGACUAGAUUUAUCUAAACGGUCCAUUCACAUGCUGCCCACCUCCAUUAAGGAGUUGACGCAGCUGGCUGAACUCUACUUAUACAGCAACAAGCUGCAGAGCCUGCCGGCCGAGGUGGGUUGCCUGUCAGGCCUGGUCACCUUGGCCCUGAGUGAGAACUCCCUGACCAGUUUGCCUGACUCCUUGGACUCCCUUAAGAAGCUUCGAAUGCUCGACCUCCGGCACAACAAGCUGAGAGAGAUACCACCUGUUGUCUACCGGUUGACUUCACUUACCACGCUGUACCUGCGCUUCAACCGCAUCACAACAGUGGAGAAGGACAUCCGAAACCUAUCCAAGCUCACCAUGCUCAGCAUCCGUGAGAACAAGAUUAAACAGCUGCCCGCAGAGAUAGGGGAGCUGUGCAGCCUCAUUACUCUGGAUGUUGCCCACAACCAGUUGGAGCACCUACCGAAGGAGAUUGGCAAUUGCACACAGAUAACAAACCUCGACUUGCAGCACAAUGAGCUCUUAGACCUCCCAGAGACUAUAGGCAAUCUGGCAAGCAUAAAUCGCUUAGGUCUGAGAUACAACAGAUUGUCAGCCAUUCCCAGAUCAUUAGCUAAAUGUCGAGAACUGGAGGAGUUAAACCUUGAAAACAACAACAUUUCAGUGUUGCCAGAGGGCCUACUAUCAAGUUUGGUCAACCUGACCAGUCUAACACUGGCAAGGAACUGCUUCCAGUCGUACCCUGUGGGCGGACCAUCCCAGUUUUCCACCAUCUACUCCCUCAACAUGGAGCACAACCGCAUCAACAAGAUCCCCUUUGGUAUCUUCUCCAGGGCCAAAGUGUUAAGCAAGCUUAACAUGAAGGACAACCAGUUAACAUCUCUGCCACUGGACUUUGGCACAUGGACUAGCAUGGUUGAGCUGAACCUGGCCACCAAUCAGCUGACAAAGAUCCCAGAGGAUGUCUGUGGUUUAGUCUCUCUGGAGGUUUUAAUAUUGUCCAAUAAUCUUCUCAAGAAGUUACCACAUGGUAUUGGAAAUCUGAGAAAGCUACGGGAGCUCGACUUGGAGGAGAACAAGUUGGAAUGUCUACCUAAUGAAAUUGCUUAUCUUAAAGAUUUACAGAAAUUGGUGUUGACAAAUAAUCAGCUGACAACGUUACCCAGGGGCAUCGGCCACCUCACCAACCUGACUCAUCUUGGUUUGGGGGAGAACCUGCUGCAACACCUUCCGGAGGAGAUUGGUACACUGGAGAACCUGGAGGAACUGUACCUCAACGACAACCCCAACCUGCACAGCCUCCCGUUCGAGCUGGCCCUCUGCAGCAAGCUGUCCAUCAUGAGCAUUGAGAACUGUCCCCUCAGCCACCUGCCGCCACAGAUUGUCGCAGGAGGCCCCUCCUUCAUUAUCCAGUUCCUCAAGAUGCAGGGACCGUACCGUGCCAUGGUCUGAGCCAAGAGCAGCUCAAUCCCAGUCCUACUUAACUCCAAACCCUCCACUUGCUCUGCACCCGCUCGCCUGCCCGCCCCCAUUACGUGUAUCAUACACUGUAAAGAAAACAGACUUGCCACAAUCAGUGUCGGGGGCAAAUACAAGGAGGAAGGAGGAGAAAAUGUCUCUUUCACCGCCCUUGGGCAGAAACAAGGCGUUUCUUUGGAGACUUGAAUUCUGUCUUACUCCAGAGUUUAUCACGGUCAUUUCAGGACCCCAGCCACCCCCCUCAUCUUUCAUUCCCAAUCAUACAAGAGGAAAUAUUUCCAUCUCUUUGCCAAAACUGAAGAUAUAUAAAGUUAUAUAUAUUGAGUAACUGUGAGCUAAGUGGCAAGUCUUUUAACCAUAUAAACCGUGCUCCCAUUGCCAAUGUAUUUACAGUAAUUACAAGCAUCUAUUAUGUGAGCAAGGAUACAAUUGUAUGCAAAAACAAACAAAAAAAAGUCUUUGGAACUUCACAUUUACUGCUGCUGCCGUAAUUUUAACUUUGUCAUCCUGUUUUAUUUUCUUUUGAUAUGCCCUCUUUUUUUACACCACCUUCACUCAAGAUAACUUAUGUUAAUUGCUUCUUGACCACAGAGAACAAAGGUCUAAUGAUGGCGUGUUUAUAAUUUCUUUUUUGUAUAUUUUUUUUUAUCUUUUAGGUUUUAAAAAAAAAACUGUGCCUAUGUUUAGAGUGAUCCAGUGGUUCAUUUCUAAACACGAUUGUCCAUGAGAAUACAAAGAUAUAAAUUAUUUCUAUAAUUCUUUUUUUUUUUAAUUACUGCUGUUUUUACUAUAGUUUUUCUUUUUUUUUUUUUUUAGUGCUGUUGCAUUAAUCUGUCCAAGCAAGUGAUAUCAGUCAUUGGAGGUCUUUUUAACAAAAAGCAGCAGUAGUUGUUAAACAUUGAGCUAGUAAUGUAAACAUGUGAGAAAUCCCAAUCAUACAUGCUUGGAAAACUAAAAAGCAAGUUGGACUUUUCUCUGAAAGGGGAGGUGCUGCGACCCCCAUCUGUAACGCUUUUGUGUGACAAAAAGGUAUUGGAAAAAAGUCAGACAUGCAUAGGUGAUGGGAUAAAUGAUGGAGAUGUUUUUUAUACAUGUAUACAAAUCCUGGUUGUUGCCUUGAGUGCAAUUUUUAGUUAUGUUUACUUAUUUGAAAUUAUCUUCAGUGUUGGGCUGCAGAGCUGUCAUUCAAUUAAUCAUCGACCAACAUAUCAAGCGUUUCUAAAAAGACGUUAUCUGGGUCUCUGGAGCAAGUGAUGAGUGUAUCAGAGCUUCAAAAGAGGUUUGAUAAUAAAACAUUGACAGGUAACACUUCCUUUUUGUUAAUAUCCUUUAUUUUCUGUGUUUUUUUGUUUUUUUUUGUUUUUUUUAACAGGGUCUCCUCAGAAUCGUACCUACAUGGUGGGAAAUGUUCCCUUUGAUUUAGAUUUGUAAUUUAAUCCUUUUUUUUUGUCCCACACUGUCCCAGCAAUGCUGCUGCUCUUAUGCACUUUUUAAAAACACAUUGGCAUCCUCGAUCUUAAGAAAAAACACACAGUAGCCUCUCAUUAAUUAUUUUGAAUGGGGGCAUUUUGUUUCAUAAAGAAGUAUUUUAUCUGUUAAACAAACGGUUUAUCAUGUAAAUUUGUAUCAAUUAAAUAUAAAUGUUGAAUUUUAGAAUAUACUAGUAACUUUGUUUGGGGAAGUUUUAUCCUGUCAAUCUUUAAAUGAACUUGCUCUCUUGAACUGUUAAAGGGUCUGUGUGGCUUUGAGAUGUUUUAAGAUUCCCAUAUCCUGCUUUCUUAAUCGCAAUAGAAAUGGCUUAUUGCAGUUCAGACCAGGAUUGUUUAUUUUAAAUCAAUUUACAUUGAGUGUUUUCUUUUCUUUUUUUUUCCAAAAUGAUGAAAUGUGUAUUCAGUUAGUAUUAUUUCAAGUGACUGUACAUUAAAAAUCCCAACGAAAGGUAA